AUGCGUCAACCAAAGGAAGCUCACGGCAAUUCAACCCCCGGGCAGACAAACACCCAAAAACGAGGCCAUCCGAUGGACGCCGAUGAGGUUCGUCAGCCCGCAAUGGCGUUGACCACCCCAGGCGCAAUGAAGUUCAAGAAGUCAACAGCCCCCGGCGGGUUGGGCCAUCGGGCCCCCACAACCCCCACCACGCUUUUGGACUCAGGUAAUAAAAAACAAAAAUGGACGGGAGCCAGCGGUUCGGCCCAUCAAGGGAAUGCAAAUCCCACGACCAAUGGUACUUCUGCACCAAAGACUCACGCUGCGGGGACUAACGCGAACCACACCAACGGUCCUUCCGCCCCCCACACCACCCCCUUGGCUCCGCCCACCCGGGCUCAAGACCGCCCCACUGCCAUUGCCGACGAGAUUGAGAUCAUUGCUGGACCUCUCCCAGCCCGAGCGCGCCGUGUGGUCUCUCUCCCUGGGUCCAAUGUUACUUCAUUGCGUCGUCCGGCUUCACACGUCAACCUCACUCAACGAAGGAUCCCGCUUGGGCCCAAACCUGCCCACUUGCAGGCCGGAGCCGUCAGUUUGGAAAGGUUCCUCGAUGUGGCCAGAAUUCAUAACGAUGAUUCUGGGACCCGUCGGCUAUUGUGCUAUCAUGGGAUCAUCCAAUGGACCUUCUUUCGAAGUACUAGCGAAGACGAGUUGCUUGAUUUGGGCUUCCCUAUUGGGACCGCCCGGCUCCUUUGUGAGGGGGUUGCGCUGUUGGAAGCCGAUGUAAAAUCUAAGAAAUAG